GACUGUAGAACGACAAUUAAAUAGAAGAGGAAAAUCAAGAGAAACUCGAAAAUCAGGAUGCCUUGAGACAAAUACAGCAUCUGGCUGAGGAUUGUGUGUGUGGCUUUUUUUCUUUAUUUCUGCAAAUGCUGGGAAUAAUUUAAUUCACGAAAUGGGAGACUUGAAGUCGGGUUUUGAAGAGGUGGAUGGCGUGAGGCUCGGCUACCUCAUCAUUAAAGGAAAGCAAAUGUUUGCACUCUCUCAGGUUUUUACAGACCUGCUCAAAAACAUCCCGAGAACUACAGUGCACAAGCGAAUGGAUCAUUUAAAAGUAAAAAAGCAUCACUGCGACCUGGAGGAGUUGAGGAAACUCAAAGCCAUCAACUCCAUCGCUUUUCAUGCAGCCAAAUGCACACUGAUAUCCAGAGAGGACGUAGAAGCUCUUUACACUUCUUGCAAAACGGAACGAGUCCUUAAGACAAAAAGGAGGAAAAUAAGCCGGUCAUUGUCAACAAAAGAUCUCCAACCGGAGCACACAUCCACCGACCCCUACUCCAGCUUUUGGAAAGAGAACAAACUCUGGCUGGGUUUGAAUGAAUCGGCUCAGCCUCUGCCAAUUAGAAGAAAAGCUUUGCGUCCCGGGGACACAGGCUUGCUACCGGCCUCUGAUCUACCUCACAUUUUUAGUAAAUACACUGGUCACAGCUACCCAGAAAUCGCUCGGUCGCCUUGCAAACCCCCUUUAAACUAUGAAACUGCCCCGAUCGUGGGCAACUAUGUCACCUUUCACUCGGAUCCCCCUUAUUUUCGGAGCGUCCUUUGCAGCAAGCACCCGGCUGCUGCUGCUGCUGCUGCUUAUUACCAGUCCGCCGCCGCCAUCGCGCAGACCAAGUUAGCGGCGGCUGCUGCUGCAGGGAGCCCUGUGGGUUUGACUUACAGAUACAAAAGGAAAAGACCGUGUGAGGCCGCCCAAAAGGACUGUUUAUUAAACACCCCCAGCAGCGCCAGGCGGCUCCUGAUCGUGCCCAGGCCCUGCAAGCCCAAAGGAGCUGCAGCAAGCACGGCCGCUUGCCUGGAGAGAUUUCACCUCGUCAAUGGCUUUUGCACUUCUCCGCAGCAGCCGCAGCAACAGCAUCUGGGCAGCUUCCCCGAGAGCUACAGCAGUGACUCGGAGUCCAGCUCUUACUCCGACCAUGUGGCCAACGACUCUGACUUCGGGUCCAGCCUCUCCAGCACCAGCAACUCCGUGUCCUCGGAGGAGGAGGAGGAAGACGACGAGGAGGACGGCAGCGGCGUCUCGGACUCCAGCGAGGUCAGCUCCGAGGAGGAGGAUACGACCUCAGACUCCGACUCCAGCUCGGUUUCCAGCCAGGUCUCGGUGCAAAGCAUCCGCUUCAGGCGAACCAGUUUCUGCAACCCCCCCAGCAUGGCCCAGGCCAACUUCUUGUAUCAUUUGGCCACGGCCGCCCCCACCAAAUCGCCAGCUUUCGAGGAGGCAGGCAGGCUUCCCGACCUCAAAAGUGCUCAGUGUGGUGUCAAAUCGGAAUUGCCAGAGGAAUGGAGUCAUCAAAGCUGGGCAUGCAAAGCACCUCCAGUGUGCUGCUCCAGCAGCCUUGGAAGUUGUUUUGCUGAGAUAAGGAAUGAUCGGGUAUCUGAGAUCACAUUCCCACACCCUGAAUUUUCCAAUAAUGUAAAGAGUACUGACCUAACAAUUAACUGUGCUGCAAAGGGGGCCUCUUCACCUAGCCCAAAGACAAACAAUGCAUUUCCACAACAAAGAAUACUCAGAGAGGCAAGGAAAUGCCUUCAAGCAACAACUACACACUGUGCAGAUAACAAUACAAUAGCUGCUAGGUUCUUAAAUAAUGAUUCUUCACCAACAGCAGCAAAUUCAGAAGAAGAUUCCAAAAUCCCUCAUUGUAUUGAAUUUGCCACGGAUUUACCCUCUUUGCAAACUGAUCGUGCUUCUACAACAGCAGCAGCUGAGCUUGAAUGCACUGAUCCAGGCAAUAAGGCAUUGCCAUUCCUGCACAAUAUUAAAAUCAAAAUAGAGGAUAGCAGUACGAAUGAAGAAUAUGAACCUGACCUUUCAAAACAUAAGCUAAAGUGUGAGUGCAAUGAUACUAAGGAUGAGUUUAACGGUGUGACUGAGAGUAAUAACCCGGACGUUUUAUUAACAGCCCAGGAAGAUUCUGCAUGCACUGAGAAAGAAACCACUUCCUUAAACACGCUGACUCAGAGUCAGGUCCUUUCAUGCACUUUAGGUACUCCAAAACCUGAGGAUGGGGAGUAUAAAUUUGGAGCGAGGGUGAGAAAAAAUUACAGGACAUUGGUUUUGGGAAAGCGACCUGUACUGCAGACUCCUCCAGUCAAACCAAAUUUGAAAUCAGCUAGAAGCCCACGUCCUACAGGUAAAAUUGAGACACAUGAAGGAACACUGGAUGAUUUUACAGUUACCAAUAGACGCAAAAGGGUAGCCAGCAAUGUAGCAUCAGCAGUGAAAAGGCCGUUUAAUUUCAUGGCAAAUUUUCCCUGUCCACCGUCACUAAUUAUUGGCAAUGAUGGGGAUUUGUUGCCAGCUUAUUCCUUAAACACCACUAAGGAUUCGCAACCACCUCACAAGGCCCAUCCUGUAUGGAAAUGGCAGUUGGGCGGUUCUGCAAUACCUCUUCCACCUAGCCACAAAUUCAGGAAAUUUAAUUAA